UGUUAUCUGGUGAUGCUUGUGCGCGGGGACACCGGCCGUGGAGCAACGGCCAGCUUUUUGUUCCAAAUAUAAAAAAAUAUCAUAACAAAUAAAUCACCUUAAAUGCAGCGCUCGUCAUGUCAAUCCGGAGCAUUAUUUGACAGUAAAUCAAAUAUUUCUUGAAAUUGUUGCCGAGAUGUUGACGGACAUGAGCGUGGACGAGGAGUUCGAGCUGAAGGAGGAAGAGCCCUGGUACGAUAAGCAAGACCUGGAAAACGACCUUCAGCUGGCCGCCGAGCUGGGCAAGUCGCUGCUGGAGAGGAACCAUGAGCUGGAACAGGGCCUGCAGCAGAUGUACUCCGUCAAUCAGGAGCAGGUGCAGGAGAUCGAGUACUUGGGCAAGCAGGUGGAGCUCCUGCGUCAGGUGAACGACCAGCACGCCAAAGUGUACGAGCAGUUGGACGUGGCGUCGCGCGAGCUGGAGCAGAGCAACCACAAGCUGACUCAGGACAACCGCAGAGCCCAUCACAAGAUCCACGGGCUGACGGAAACGGUGGAAGUGCUGCAGACGCGCGUAGACGAGCUGCAGCGGCAAGUGGACGACAUGAAGCUGGGACCCUCGCAGGUGGCCCAGGGGGGCCGGCGGAGGUCGCGUGUCGCCCAGAGUCUGGAGGAACUGCAAAAGCUCAGGCAGUGUGACGGCGAGCCAGUGGAGUCGCACGACGGUGUGCAGCAGUGGCACGAGGAGCAGCGGGCUUCACUGCGCCGCUCGCUACGCAGCCUCCAGGCUCAGUACGCAGGCGAACGCGCACGGCGGGAGGAGGCCGAGCGGGAGGCGGGGCGACUGAGCGGGCACAACGCGGCGCUCGAGCAGCAGCUGGCUGGCAUGGACGCGUCCAGAGUGCGAGUGUCUGAGUUGGAGCGAGAGGUCGAGGAGCUUCGUCACAUCUGGAAGUCUCAAUCUUUCUCCCGGCUGGCCGUGGCGUACGCUCUCCCCGAGGAGGAGGAGCGCCACGGGAAAGCCGAGCCCGGCUGGUCGUCCCCCCGAAGCCGGCGGCCCCUCAAGCGAUGGGCCAGCGAGCACCUCCUGAAGGCCAAGCACGGCGGCGACGUCGCGGGCGAGCACGAAUGCUGGUGCGCCCGGCUUGCCGAGAAGGGGGAAUGCGGCGGCAUCUCGCUCCUCAACGAGGUGGACGCGCAGUACAGCGCCUUGCAGGUCAAAUAUGAGCAGCUACUAAGGCACCUCAGAUUACCGCAGCGUCCACAAGAAGAAGAAGAAAAAGAAGAAGAAGAAGUAGUCGAAGAGGAGGGGCUGAGCCACAAGGCCGCGGACUACAACGGCGGCUUCCACCAGCCCGAGUACAAGGAACUGUUCCGGGAGAUUUUCGCUCGCAUCCAGAAAACCAAAGAGGACCUGAUGGAGAACAGGGCCAGGCCCCCCUGCACUUGACUGAAGCAGGCGCUAGAAGGGGGGGGAGGGAGGAAGGAAAAAAUAAAAAAAAAAGCACCGCCUUCUUCUUAGUAACCUAUUUCUCGCACUGUUUUUCUCCAAUUUAUUGCGAUCACUACUACUAGGAUGUAUGACACACUAUUAACUCCAAUGGCAACCGCUUGCUAUAUAUAGCGGGCUGGGCAAUACGGCCUUGAGAUAAUAAAAAAAUAUAUAUGUUCUCUUUACAGAUAAUGUGAAAAUAAGUGCUGCCUUUAGGGAAAAAAAAUGUCCCUUGUAUGUAACCAUGAUCCUAAAUGAAUGAACAUUUUAAAUGUUCGCCAAUUUAAAUUGCAUGCCAACGGGUCCAUAUGUAGUUGUACAGUACAUGACGUCUGUGGGAAUAUUCAAGUGCAAAUGACUCCAUGAUUGCCUUCCACUGGCCUCCCUUCAUGUCAUCAGGACAAACAAUGUGAAAACGAUUCCUCCAGUUCAUUGCAAUAUCUACUGUGCACUAUUCCUUCCAAUGUGGACCUUUAAUUCUUACUAUUUCUAGCUUCUACAUCUUGAACGUAGCAACUCUGAAUGGGUCUUAGUGGAAAAAAGAGGAAAAAGGGAUGGUGCUUAACUUUAUGCAACACAUGUCCCUGAAGCGAUACUUGAUUAUUUCUGUAUGUUGGAUGACUGAUGGAAAGUUUUUGUCACUGUCAGGUUGUAUAGCAGCCUCACUCUGUUGUUAACCAAUUGUCUUGUUUCCUUUCCACAUACAGUAUGCUUCUUCUAAUACUUGUAGGAGUGACGCAAAUGGGUAAAUCUUGUUGGUGAUGAAUGAAAAACGCUAACUUAAUUAUUGCUGUUCUGAGCCAGAAUUCUUUUGUUUACAUUUCUUAGUAUGUCAAUUAAGUGUAUUUAUUGAAUCAGUGUCACAAUUAAAAAAAAAACUUUUUGUUUUAAAAUCCA